AUGGAGUCUGACCCAGAAGAGGCCGCUCUGACUGGACUAGUCUUUUUAUCGUUCUCGGUGGUGGUUGGGUUCCUCUUCCCUCAGUUUUUCUCUGAGGUUUUGGCGUGGAUCGCCUUUUUGGUGGGGGAUUUGGCACUGGCUGCCGGGCAUGUCGUGUUUCUGUGCAUUUCGAAGGAGACAUCGGUGGUUUGGCAGUCGUUGAUCCAACGAGUGUUUUUCUUCGACGACCUGGUGGGCCAUCGCAUCCAAGAAGCCCUCCGCCCCAUUCGUCAAGAGCUUAACCACAUCUCGACCACCGCCAUUCCCGUUGCCUGUCAAUAA